AUUCAGGUAAGAAAGAAAGGAAACUUAACCAAACCAUCCCACUUGAGGAAGAAAGCAAGAACUUCUAGUCCUUUUCAGAUAAGUUUCCUUCUUUGAAGAAAUCUUCAUUUCCUCCGUUACGUUAAGGUCCUGUUCAGGGCAUGGUUCCGCGGAAGAAGUGCAUCUGGGUAGCUGCAAAUUUGGAGUUUGUGCAGGCUUCUUGAUUCGUUGUGACCGAAACCAAUCCGGGCCGUUGUGGAACUUGAAGUUGGAGCAGAGUUCCUGCUCAGUUAGAAGUUGGCUGAAACAUCGAGCUGAUUUUGGAAAGAGAGUUCUUUCAGGAUUAGAAGUUGUCUCUGUCUCCGUCUCUGUCUCUGUCUCUGUAGUGAGAGGCUUGAUUGAUUGAUUAGAUGGCAGGGGAGGAGGAUUUGGUCGAACUCAAGUUUCGGCUUGCAGAUGGGAGCGAUAUCGGUCCAGCGAAGUACAGUCUUGGGACGACCGUGGCUUCUCUCAAAGAAAAAGUCGUGUCUCAAUGGCCUAGAGACAAAGAUUGUGCUCCGAGGACGAUAAAUGACGUAAAGCUAAUCCAUGCCGGGAAGAUCUUGGAGAACAACAGGACACUCGCUGAUUCAAGACUUCCGAUUGGUGAGUUUCCCCGAGGAGUCAUCACUAUGCAUGUCGUCUUGCGGCCCCUUCGACCGGACAAGAAUAAAGGGAAGCCAGAGGAGGACAAUGUGAAGAAAACACGGUGCUCCUGCAUGAUCUUGUAGCUCGGAGUAACAACUGUUCAACAGAACUUGCAUUUACUCGUGUCGGGAUUCUUAUGUUUCUCAUUCAUUGGUUCUUGUUCGGUUCGCCCUCUGGAAAAGGUGAAUUUGUGCAGCGAGCUUCUCGGGUCGAAACCAAAGUGAAUAAGAGAUCAGGAAUGUUGUGGUGUUGAAUUGA